CUUUUGUGCAAAUAUAUCAACCAAGACUGCUACCGGCAUCAGAUUUCUUUCACUGUGUAUGUGUGUGUGUUGUGUGUUUGCUGAAGAAGGGGCUUGCUUUACUGAGUGAGAGAGAAAGAGGGAGAGAGCUCAAGAGGCAUUGAAAAGACGCGCUGCUGCUAGAUUUACACAUUCUUCAGCUAAAACAGACGGCAGCGACCCGAAGAAAAAGUUCAAAAGAACCAUGGACGGGAUAACGUUUGGACGCUUUUCGCUCGUGUGCACCUUGCUACUUGUGACUAUGCGAGUGAGCAGCGGGGCCGUGACGGUGACUGUGACCCCCGAGGUGGAGGUGCUGAUGGGGGCCGCGGCCAGCCUGCCCUGCACCUUCAACGCCGCCCCCUCCUCCGCCACCGUCGUCGAGUGGUUUGUGGACGUGGGGCAGGGCGUGAGGGAGCGCGUUGCCUACCAGACCCCUAACGGUGCGGGCGGCACGGACGAGGGCACGCCCCUGUCCGGCCGUGUGACCAUGGGCCAGGACUUCACGCUGACCAUUGCCAACGUCCAGCCCAAGGACCAGCUCCCCCUGGUGUGCCAGGUCAGCGCCGGCCUCGCCGGGGUGGGCGAAAAACCCACCCUCCUCAAAGUCUUCCACGCUCCUGAGAAGCCGGAGCUCACUCGACCCCCCAGCCAGGCCAUCACCGCGGGAGAGGACACCAGCUCAGAGAUUGGAUCCUGUGUGACCAUGAACGGACACCCCCAGCCCAGGAUCAUCUGGUUCAAGGACGACCAACCCUUGGCCGAAGUCAAGGACAAGAAGGAGAAGACGUACAUGGUUCCCUCGGUGGUGAAGGAGGCGUCGGACCUCUUCACCCUCACCAGUACUCUGUACAUGCAGCCCACCAAGGAGGACAAGGACGCCGUGUUCCAGUGCACCGUGGAGUUCACCAUGCCCGAGCAGAAGAUCCAGAAGAAGACCUCCGACCCCAUCACCAUCAACCUCAACUAUCCCUCGGAGACGGCGACCUUCACGCUGAUGAACGCGACCCCCGUGAAGGAGGGAGACAUGGUCACCAUGAAGUGUGAGACGGAUGGGAACCCCCAGCCCGAAUUCGACUUCACUAAAGACGGGAACGAGAUCGCCGGCCAAGGGGGCCUCCUGACCCUGAAGGCGGUGAAGCGCACCGACGCCGGCAUUUACGGGUGCAGGGCCACCGACUUUGAUAACCUGGACGCCGACCUCAGCGGGGAGAUCACCAUGGUGGUCAGCUACAUCGACCCAGUGAGUGUGGUCCCGGCUGGCCCCCUGUUUGUUAAACUUGGAGAGAUGGUGGAGGUGCAGUGCAAGACCAAGUCGUCCGGGUCCCACACCAUUCAGUGGAAGAAGGGGUCAGAGGUGCUGUCUCAGACUGGCAUGCUCUCCAUCCAGAAGGCGAGCUAUGAAAAUGCCGGGCAGUACAUGUGUGUGGGCGCGGUGGCCACCGUCCCAGGACUCACCGCCAUGGGGAGUGUCAACAUCACUGUGAAAGGGGCCCCCAUCAUCGAGACUCCCGUCAACGGUCUGGUGGCCAAACAAGGGGAGAUGGUGACCCUCAAGUGCUCUGCUCAUGGGUACCCUGCCCCCCAGUUUACCUGGAAGCCCUCAGGAAAGGAGUCUGUGUCUGUGGAGGGCCCUAGGGUGGUGAGCACCCUGACCUUGGAGGCCAGCGUGGAGGUCAUGAAGGACGGGGUGACCUGUGAGGUCUCUAACGAGCAUGGCAAAGAUAGCAAGCUGUUUAGCGUGUCCAUCAAAGAAGCCCGCGGCAACGAUGCCGACCGAGCUGCUGGCCAGCAGCAGGGCGGCUCCAGCGCGGUGGUGAUAGCGGUGGUGGUGUGCGUGCUGCUGCUGCUGGCGGCGGUGGCCCUCAUCUACUUCCUCAACAAGAGCGGCAAGCUGCCCUGCGGCAAGAAGACCGCCAAGGAAGUGUCCGCCGGGGAGGUGAACAACGAUAUCGUGGUGGAGAUGAAGACGGAGAAGAGCAACGAACAGGCCGGCCUCCUCAACAAGGGGCCCGCCACAGAGCAGUGAUGAAGGCGACGGCGGGACGGAAGGAGGACAACAGUGUGGGGAGUAGCUUUUAUAGAGGGAUGGAUCAAAACCAGCGGAGCAAAGGAGGAGCCACUUUGCAUGAGAACAACACCAUGUAGAAGGGUUUGAAUUAGGACGGAUGUGACUUUGGUUUGGGCUUUUGGAUUUGGUUUUGGUGGCCUUUUGUUUUGGAACCAUGGAGUUGGGUGGAGUUAUUUCACAGGCUUUUCAUACUUCAAAAUGAUGCCCUGUAGGGUUUUAACUCCGCCCAACUCCACCGCUCCACGUUUUUGGCAUCGCUGUGCACAACUCAUAAAUCAAAACCACAGACUUGUUGCAUCAAUGAACACCAGGAUGAUCACCACCACCAUGCACUGGGCGAAUCUCUCACUCCUAAUCCACCAAUCAUGAUAUUCCUAAUUGACUCCAUGGCAGCAGAGUAGCACUGUCGGUGUGGGGAAAACCACUAUCCUAACACAGUGGCUGUUCUUUAUUUGUCUUUUUUUUACUUAAGUCUACCCCAAACGUAAACACAAAAUGCCAUUAUGCCACUGUGGACCUCUGGAUAGUGUGUCAUUGUGUAUUUGUGUGUGUUUGUGUGUUUAUCGCCAUGCAGUGUCACAACUUGCAUCAAGAUGAACAUUGGUGGCGUUGAGGUUGUGUGUGUGUGUGACGCUCUGAAGGGACAGGUCGCCUUGGAGUCUGCAUGUACAUUCUUCUCUCUGGGCUGAUGAAUCGGGCUCAUAGGAGGAAAUAUGAUUGCUUUGCUCUAAUAGCUGAUAAGCAAGAUUUCCAUGUAGGAUUGCACACUGUAUUUCACCGUCUGUAUUCCCCCCCCUCCCCCUAAGCACAAGCCGUCUUCAAUUACAUUCUGUUUAAUUUAAUUUGUGUUCAUGCCAGCUUUGCAUGUUUGCAAUUCCUUCCAUAUUCCUGAUGUGGAGUCAGUGGUGUGAGGCAACAGCCCACAACAGCCAAACCCUGCUAGAAUGAUAUGCCUGUUCAAAUCUUUCUUCUGGGUUGCUCAAAUUUGCUUUCACUGGCUUCAGCGGUGCUUGUGUGUGUGUGUGUGUGUGUGUGUGUGUGUGUGUGUGUGUCUGUGUAUUUCACGUAAAAUCAAUCAUGUACCUGUUUCUGCAUCUACUUCCUCUUCUUGGUUCUGUACAUUUAAAUCCUGCAUGUCCUGUUUAUUGAGUGUGAGUAGCGUGGAGCUCCUAAGUGUGGGUAAUUUAAGUGCCAUGUCUCACAAAGUUGUGUCCUAGCCCCCCCCACCCCCAACCCACCACUGAUUGUCUCUAUUUGUGCCCCAUGGAGAAAAGGACAAUUUACACAGCACUCAUUCCACUCAGAAACAACCAAAUUACUGUCAGCACCUGAUGAAAAAUUUGAGUCAUUUGGCAAAAAUUGAGGGGAAGAUGCAAGGGACAAAUUCCCUCCUUGUUGGAAAUGUAAAAAAAAAAAAAUAGAGCAGGCAGCUGUCAUUUCCCACUGAUUUAAAGUGGAAUUCCAGGGCCAUGGCACGGUAGGGUCUGCUCAAAGACCUCCCUGCCACCGGCUUGGUGCAAGCAGGUGGUGGGGAUGGUCAGGGGUUGGGGUGUAGGGGGAAGGACGUUUGGGUUUGGGUGGGGGUUGGGGUGCUCUUCUGAGUACUGUUAUGUUUUCUUUUUGUCCUUUUCUUACCAAAUGCAUUUUGAGCGUGUGUUCCUAUGUUGUUGUAGACCUUACUGGUUCAUCUGCCUCGGCAGUGGUAGAUAUGACCUGGUUGAUCUGCCUCAGCAGUGGUGGACCUUACUGGUUUGUCUGCCUCGGCAAAGGUGGACAUUACUGGUUUAUCUGCCACAGCAGUGGUGGACAUUACUGGUUCAUCUGCCUCAGCAGUGGUAGACAGUGCUGGUGUAUCUGCCUCAGCAGUUGUCUCUUACUCCUGUCAGCAGUAAACAGAGUUAUGAUGGUGUGUUGACAUGGACUGCUAUCUAUCGUUGUACACUGGAACCAAUGGCCUUUAUUUGAGAAAACAAUAUUAGAAUAAAUACUCAUUAGACCCAGCUCAAUGAAUAAUGAGGAAUGAGUGAAUAAAAGGCAGCCUGAAACCACUAUCUACUUAUACAGGGCUGAUAUUAAUUAUCAAUGUAUGUGUCUACUGAUAUUGCCAUUACCUUAAUGACUGUUAGCUAACCUAUGGUGCAGAGUGAAGAUAGAUAAACUCAACCAUAUUCUAGGAGCUUUCUUUUUUAUAUAUAUAUAAAUAUUUGUUUUAUAAAAAAAAUAUUUGUUCUUGUUUUUUUAAGGGGAUUAUUGUACUUUUGGAACUACUGAGAUGUGUCGGAUUUUUCCACUUCUGUCCUGUGAAAAGAGAGAAGCGUGUUCCAUGACAUUCUGGUUCAAUGAGAUAUUCUAUGUGCUUUAAUCUCUGCGUGCACUUCUUCUCUCCUUUGUAUUCUGUAUAUUUUGUGGUACCCUAUUGUGAGAUCUGUGGCGUGUUGGUGUAUCUUUACUUUUUGUUUAAGCUGUUUAGAAUUUAUUACAAGAAAACUCAAAGAAAAAACGCUCAAAUCCCA